GUACUUCUGUCCUGAAGGGAGAAACCUAAACUGUCAUGUUGAAAAUUGGUCUCCCUAAUUAAAAUACAAUCUAUAUUAAUAGUGAAAAUAAUUUUUGCUUGAUUAUAACAUUGCCCUUCAUUUCUGAUGCAAAGCAGAUUUAAGCUAAUGUUUUUAAUCACUAACAUACGAUCAUACAAUUUUUUUCAUGAAUAGCAAAGGAAAACUAAUUUUAAAACUAUUUUUGUGGUUUAGGCAACAGUUGUCCAGUUGGCCACUUCUGCCCUCCUAGUAGUGCUCAGCCGUUGCCAUGUCCUGGUGGACAAUACACCGAUGUCAUGCUGAGCUUCACAUGCCAGACUUGUCCUUCUGGGUAUUAUUGUCCUCCAAAGUCUUCUACCCUAAAGAUUUGUCCAAUGGGAUUUUACUGUCCAGUUGGUUCAAGUGAUGUAUUGAAACCUUGUCCUCGUGGAACCUUUGGAGAUUUGAUGGGCUUGGUAAACUUUUCAGAUUGCAAACCAUGUUCUCCUGGUUACUAUUGUGAUAAACAAAAUGCAACAUCAGUAACAGGUCUCUGUGCUUCUGGGUAUUAUUGCCGUUCUGGGUCAGAUUCUAAGGAGCCAGUAGGUGAUCACAGAGGAGAUGCUGGUCCAUGCCCUCCUGGUUAUUACUGUCCAUUAGGAACUGCAAAUCCCAUCGGAUGUCCAAUUGGAACAUUCAGCAAUCUUCCACAACUGAGGCCUCUGGAUGAGUGCCAGCUGUGUUCACAGGGCUAUUACUGUGACCGAAUGGCUCUAACGAUUCCUAGUGGGCCCUGUCAAGCUGGAUUCUAUUGUGUGAUGGGAUCAAACACAUCAAGGCCAACACAGGUAACACAAACUGGAGGUCCAUGUCCACCAGGAUAUUACUGCACUGAAGGAAGCAGCAGACCACAACCAUGUCCUGCAGGAACCUACAAUCCUUUCUGGGAGCAAAAACAAUGCCUGUUCUGUCCCCAGGGUCAUUACUGUGAAGCUGAGGACAUUAACUCUGCACUCUGUCCCUCAGAGUUAAAUUCUGUUAAAACUCAUCGAUAUCCCUCGAGUAGAGCAACACCCAAACCAUGCCCAUCUGGAGAAUAUCAGGAUCAGAUUGGGCAGAUUCAGUGCAAACCAUGUCCUUUGGGAAAACACUGUGACCCAUUACAUGUAACUGGGCAGCACAAUGAGAGUAAGGCUGGCACCAUCCAGCCCAUUGACUGCCCAGCAGGUUAUUACUGCAUUAAAGGAAUGCUGUACCCAUGUCCAGAGGGAACAUAUAGUAAUCAAACUGGUCGAUAUAGCAUUGAACAGUGUAAGCCAUGUCCUGGUGGAAAAUAUUGUGCCCUGAAAGGAAUGAGUGGUUACACUGGCCUCUGUGAUCCAGGUUGUGUGUGUGUUUUGGGUGCAUCCUAUCCCUGUCCUGCAGAUAACAUCACUGGCUACAAGUGUCCACCUGGGUCCUACUGCCCCCAAGGAGCUAGCCAUGGAAUUAAAUGUCCAGCUGGAACAUUUGGCCCUCAGGAUAGUCUCUAUUCCAUUUUUGAAUGCAUUACAUGUACACCAGGAUUCUACUGUGACACUGAAGGACUUGAAACUCCAACUGGACCUUGUUCCCCAGGAUAUUUUUGCCUCUAUGGUGCAACAUUACCCAAUCCUGUUGGAGAUCUAUAUGGUGAUAAGUGUCCACCAGGCCACUUCUGUCCUUCUGGGAGUAUUAGUCCCAGACCUUGUCCCCUAGGUACAUAUCAACCUCUCCAUGGAAUGACCUCUAAAAAUGCAUGUCUGCCUUGUACAGGAGGGAAAUAUUGUGAAGUUCAAGGACUGCGUCAUGUGUCUGGAGAUUGUACUGCUGGGUUUUACUGCAUCUCUGGAGCUAGCAGACCUUCCCCAAUCGAUGGUAUCACCGGUGGUCGCUGUCCACCGGGACAUUAUUGUCCAACUGCUUCAAGCCAACCACUGAAAUGUAAAAGUGGUUAUUACUGCCCUAGAGGUACUAUGCAUACUGCCCAAUACCCAUGCCCUGUUGGGACCUAUAACAACAGAACAAUGGCUCAGAGUGUUUUGGACUGUAUUUCCUGUCCAGCUGGUCAAUAUUGUGACAGAAAAGGUCUAAGUACUCCUUCAGGCAUCUGCCCACCAGGGUUUUAUUGUCCAGGGGCAGUAUGUAAAAGCCAACCUGAAAUUCAGACCAACACAUCUGAUCAUCAUGGGAUCCAGAAUUUUAUGGGAAAUAUUUGUCCUCCAGGAUUCUAUUGUCCUGAAGGCUCCUCUCAGCCAGUCCCAUGUGAUCUUGGUCAAUACUGUGGGCAGCCUGGUCUGUCAAGCCCAACUGGACCAUGUGUUGCCGGAUUUCUUUGUGAUGGAAAAGCAUCAGUGAUGAACCCAAAGCCCUGCCCUGCAGGAUAUUACUGCCCAGAAGGAACAACCUAUUCCAAACCCUGUCCUCCUGGAACCCUCUCUGGUCCAGGAGGAGUAGCAGUGACUGAUUGCAGUCCUUGUCCAUCUGGUCAUUAUUGUGAGACCUACAGCCUUUCAGCUCCAUCAGGUUUAUGUUCUGCAGGAUAUUAUUGUCCAAGAGGACAGAGUGUACCAGAACCUUUGGAUUAUAUAUGUUCUCCAGGUCAUUUCUGUCCUGAGGGGAGUUCCAAUCAAACUAGCUGUGCACCUGGUCAUUACCAGCCCAAAUGGGCAAAGGAAAGGUGUGAGAUUUGCCCUCCAGGAUACUACUGCCAAACCUCAGGAGUGUUCAAACCUGUGCUUUGCCCAUUGGGAUCUUUCUGUCCACCUAAAUCUACAAGCCAGCACUUCUGUCCUGAGGGUACCUAUGGAAACCGAACUGGGCUGCACGAAGCAUCGGGCUGCUUGCCUUGUGAUCCUGGAAUGUAUUGUCAGGGUUCAGGGAAUACCAAGCCCACAGGACCUUGUAGUGCUGGAUAUAUGUGCAUCCUGGGGGCAGCUCUACCAACUCCAACUGAUGGCAUCUCGGGAGACAAAUGUUUGCCAGGGUUCUUCUGUACCAAUGGCAGUGUCACAGGGCAACCUUGUCCAAAAGGAACCUUCAGUGAUAAACGAGGGUUGUCAGCAGCUCGCCAUUGUCAGAAUUGUAGUCCUGGACAUUUCUGUGCAGAGACUGGACUUAUUGCUGUGUCAGGACCAUGUUGGGCAGGAUUUUACUGUCUUGAGGGAUCUAAAACGCCCACUCCCAUUGCAUCUGUCUUUGGUGACAUUUGCUCUCCUGGUCACUUCUGCCCCAACGCUACAACUCACCCUGUUCCAUGUCCACCUGGAACACUCCGAGCCACAACAGGGGGAAGAAGUGAAGAAGACUGCAUGUCGUGUCCUUCAGGUUUCUAUUGUAAGAAACCAGGCAAGGACAGUGUUGAAGGUUUUUGUGACCCAGGAUUUUAUUGUUUGAAUGGAGCAAAGACUGCAACGCCCCGCGAUGGUGCUACAGGUGACCUUUGUCCUGUUGGCUAUUAUUGUCCACUGGCUUCACCUGGCCUCAAAUUAUGUCAGAAUGGGACAUCUAUGAACCAUACAGGAGCUGAAAAAUGUAACAUCUGUCCUGAAGGAUCUCUCUGCACCAAAAGAGAGAGAACAGAGCCAUGCCCUGAAGAUUCAUAUUGUCCAAAAGAUUCUGGUACCUUCCCACAACCUUGUCCUGUUGGGACAUUUGGAGCAUCCAGAGGACUAAGGAAGAAGUCUGACUGCAUUCCAUGCCUUGGUGGUUCCUACUGCAGUCGGCCAGGCCUCUCAGAGGUUGAAGGUCCUUGUGAUCCUGGUUUUUAUUGUGAAUCUGGAGUGAACUCACCACGGCCUUCACAGUAUUUGGAUCAUACAGGGAACGGCGGUGAAUGUAGUGUAGGUGCCUACUGCCCCAGGAACUCUACAGUGCCCAUACCAUGUCCUCCUGGAACAUACAAUUCAGAAAUAGGUCAGAGUGACUGCAAAAUAUGCUUAGCUGGAUAUUUCUGUUUGGGUGGAACUUCGAACCCCUUCCCACUGAAAUGCCCAACAGGUCACUUCUGUCCAGAACGCACCCAGUUUGGAGAAGAAUACCAUUGUCGCCCUGGGACCUAUAAUAGUUUACCUGGUCAGCAAAGCCCUGCUGACUGCUUAAUUUGCCCUCCAGGUCAGUUUUGUGAAGGGACUGGUCUAAGCACACCAAGUGGGAACUGCUCUAAAGGCUGGUAUUGUACAGGAGGGUCAGUAACAAGCAAGCCCCUUCCCCAAGGUGAAUUCUCAAAUAUUUCAGAAUGGGCUUCCCAAAAAAAUGUUUCCCCAGGAAAUCGUUGUCCUCCUGGGUUUUUCUGCCCCGAAGGAUCAUCUCUUCCUCUGAUUUGUACAGCAGGGUUUUAUUGUGAUCAAUAUGAGCUUGCUGAACCAACAGGUCCCUGUGAUGCAGGGUACUAUUGUCCUAUUGGUAGUACUGAGCGUGCCCCAGACACGUCCAGGUGCGUUGCUGGCCAUUACUGUCCUGAGGGCUCACCAUCCCCCAAGCCAUGUCCUGAAGGUACAUACUCCAAUACCCCAAUGAACAAGGUGCCAGAGAACUGCCUGCCUUGUACACCAGGAUUCUUCUGUGAAGGCAUUGGGCUGUUUCAUCCAACUGGCCUCUGUGUAUCUGGUUAUUACUGCCCAGGAGGCCAGAGUGCUCCCACCCCAGCAAACCUUUCAUGUCCUCCUGGGUCCAGGUGUCCAGCAGGAAGUCCCAGUCCUGACCCUUGUCCAGGAGGUUUCUAUCAAGCACUGCAAGGCCAGUUUGAGUGUAAUCCUUGUCCUGCUGGAAGCUACUGCUAUACAUCUGAAUUGGACAAGUGGGGAGUCGAAGCCCCUCAGCGAUGUCCACCUGGGCAUUUCUGUCCACCAAGAACAGAAUUUGGUACCCAGUACAAAUGUCCUCCUGGAACUUUCAGCAACAAAGAAGGACAAAUCUCAGCAGCCGAGUGUGACCUUUGCCCCCCGGGGCAGUUCUGUGGUCAAGAAGGUCUGAUUAAACCUUCUGGUUUCUGUCUGACUGGUUUUUAUUGCUUCAGGGGAGCAAUGUACCCCAAUCCAACUGACGGCAUCACUGGUGAUAUUUGUCCAAUGGGCAAGUUCUGUGAAGCAGGCUCUGUUGCAGGUGUUGACUGUCCAAUUGGCCACUACAGCAAUAAGACUGGUUUGACUUCUCCAAGUGAUUGCACCCCUUGCGAUCCUGGCUUCCACUGUAGUCGUCCUGGAUUGACAGCCCCACAGGGUCCAUGUGCAAGAGGAUAUUACUGCAGACUAGGUGCUCAGUCACCAAAUCCAGAUAAUGGCAUUGAAGGUGCUAUUUGCCCUGCUGGUUAUUACUGCGUGAGUGGGACUGAGAGGCCAGUGCCUUGUCCAGUUGGGACCUACAAUCCUUCAGAAGGAAGGGAUUCAGUGGCUGGUUGUUUGCCAUGUGAUCCAGGACAUUACUGUGGAAACAUUGGCCUCAUUCAACCCAGUGGCCUGUGUUUUGAAGGCUAUUAUUGCAUAGGACACACUUCCCAGCCUACUCCACAAGAUGGUGAAAAUGGAGGUGUUUGCCCUGAAGGAUUUUACUGUCAAGCUGGAACCCAUAAACCUGUCCCUUGCCCAAUUGGGACCUUCCUGAAUCAUAGUGGUGGAACAAAGUGUGUUGUGUGUCCUGCAGGAUUUUAUUGUAUCUAUGGCAAGAAGAUUAAUCCAUGUCCAUUAGGAUUUUAUUGUCCUGAAGGUACAGGAGCAGACAUUGCACCUUGCCCUGCAGGAACAUAUGGUGGACGUAUGGGUUUGAAAGAAGAGAAUGAUUGCUUUCAAUGUAAAGGGGGAUUCUAUUGUGCGCGAGAUGGUCUUUCUUCACCACAAGGGAAAUGUGAUCCUGGACAUUACUGCAUCUCAGGAGUGAACGUUCCCAAUCCUGGUCCUACCCAGAUCUUCUUGGGCAAAGGUGGAAAGUGUGGUACUGGGCAACAGUGUCCCUCAGGAUCAGUUCUACCACAAACAUGUCCACCAGGAACCUAUACUGAAGAGGAGGGACUGGAGCAUUGUAAAACCUGCCCAGCAGGAUAUUACUGCCCUCCCACUUCAAUGAUUCCUAAACUCUGUCCACCUGGUUAUUAUUGCCCCACUGCAACAGAGGAAGGCACUCAAUAUCCCUGCCCUCCAGGAACAUACAAUGGCCAGUCAGGCAGCAGAAGUGAGAGAGAAUGUCUGGUAUGCCCUGCAGGACAGUACUGUAGUGGAUCUGGUCUCUUGGAACCCUCUGGGCUUUGUGCUGCAGGUUAUUACUGUACUGGAGGAUCCACAACUAAUAAACCAACACCAAGUCAUUUAACGUCUAACAUCUCGUUGAAUUCCACCUCAGACCUUACUAGGUACGAGUGGUGUUUCAAACAACAUUAUGUGAUGGGUGGGCUUUGCCCAGCUGGGUAUUACUGUCCAACUGGAUCAUCUACUCCACUACCAUGUGAUGGAGGGAAAUACUGUUCAAAUCCAGGACUUAGUAUUCCAACAGAUGAAUGUUUUGCAGGAUAUUACUGUGAUGCUGCCUCCACUCAGCCUGACCAACAUAUCUGCCCUGCUGGUUUUUACUGCCCAAACAGUACGACCAUUCCUGUGCCAUGUCUACCUGGUACUUGCAGCAACAGCUCUGGUAACGAAAAAGAAUCAGACUGCCAGCCUUGUCUGAGUGGACAGUUUUGUGAUGGGCCUGGUAAUGUGGUUCCUGAUGGUCCUUGCUCCAUGGGAUUCUAUUGCCCUCCAGGUCAAAGUUCAGCUCGCCCCAUGUUGCUUGUUUGUCCAAUAAACUUCUAUUGUCCUGAAGGAACUUCCAUUCCACUACCAUGUAGAGGAGGAACUUAUCAAGCAAAUAAAGGCCAAGGAUCCUGUGACCCAUGUCCAGCUGGUUUCUUUUGUCAGUUCACUAAUGGUUCUAGUGGGAAGUUGUAUGAACCAUGUCCUGCAGGUUUCUUCUGUCCAGCUGGCACCACUAUGGGCACAGAGCAUCCAUGUGCCACGGGUACAUUUGGUCCUCGACCUGGUUUAGCUCAUGAAUCAAGCUGUGUGCCCUGUUCACCAGGUAUGCAUUGUGCUUCUGCUGGACUCUCUAAUCCUACUGGACCUUGUCAUCCUGGAUACUACUGCACUGGAAGCGCCAUUAGCCCAACUCCCAUCAAGCAUUUGGUUGAAUUUGAUAAUGCUACUUUUACUGGUAAUGAUGUCUGUCCCAUUGGUCACUACUGUCCAGAGGGCAGUCAGCAUCCAUGGCCUUGUCCACAGGGAUCAUACUCACAUACAGUAGGGCUGGCCAGUGAAGCCCAGUGUCAACGCUGUCCUCAUGGACACUAUUGCAACCAGUUAGCACUGACAGAUUCGAGCCAAGCUCAACCUUGUGACCCUGGGUACAUCUGCCAUACUGGAAGUACUGUGCCUCGUCCCUCAGAUGGUAUUCAGGGUUAUGUGUGUCCCAGAGGCCACCGCUGUCCUGCUGGUGUAAUCAGAGAGUUAGCCUGUAAAGCUGGUACAUACAAUCCAUCUCCUGGAGCUGGUAUUUGCUUGCCUUGCCCUGCUGGUACUGUGUGCAGCAACAGCAGCACAGUGGAACCUACUGCUUGCCCAAAGGGCUACUACUGUUCAUCAAGGACGACAUUUCCAUUGCCUUGCCCAGAAGGAACAUAUAAUGCAUUGAAUGGGGCCUUCUCUGCUGAUGUGUGUCUAAGCUGUCCAGCUGGGUUAUACUGUCAGGGUAUGGCAAACUCUGAACCAGAUGGUCCAUGUACAGAAGGCUAUUACUGUCAGGGAGGUGCGAGCAGUCCCAUACCACAGAGCAAUCCAAAAUUUCCAAUGAAUGGUCCUUGUGCUGCAGGUUAUUAUUGUCCAGCUGGUACUAAAUCACCAGUUGCGUGCCCAAAGGGAACAUUUAAGAAUACAACUGGAGGAGCUUCAUCAGAGUUCUGCGCAUCAUGCUACCCUGGCUAUUACUGUGCAAAUGAAGGUCUCAGCCAGCCCAGUGGACUAUGCUUUGCUGGGUUCUAUUGUCCUGGCAAUCACAAUUCAGUCAAUCCCAAUGCUUUCUCCUGCCCAAAGGGAUAUUUUUGCUCGGAAGGCUCAGGAUCUCCCAUUCCAUGUCCAGCUGGAAAAUAUCAACCAAAUAUGCGUUCUGAUGUGUGUAUCCCUUGUCAGGCUGGGUUUUACUGUAAGGAAGCUGCAACUGUCAACCAGAUAACAUGCCCACCCCACUUUUACUGCCCCAAUGGUACCCAGAAUCCUAAUCCCUGUCCUAGUGGAACAUUCACAUCAGGACAAACAACAGGCUUAAAGGAUGAAAAGGAAUGCUUACCAUGUCCCACUGGCAAGUACUGCAGUAGAGGAAGGAUUCAGGGAUUCUGUGCUGCUGGUUACUUCUGUCUUGCUGGCAGCCAUAGCCCUAUCCCUCACGGGAUUUUCCCUAAUGACACACAUGAACGUAAUCUCUGUGAGUGGGGCCAACUGUGUGCUGGGCAAUGUCCUGCAGGUUUCUAUUGUCCUGAGGGGACUGAAACAACCAAAGCUUGCCCUGAAAACACCAUUAGAUUACAGCCUGGUGGUAGGCAGCUAGAGGAGUGCCAACCUUGCCCACUUGGACAUUGGUGUAAACAAGGUGAUCCUGUUCUACACCGCUGCCCUGCUGGGUAUUUUUGUGAUGACGUUAUCCGAGCUCCCUUUAGCCUCCCUAUUGGACCCCAGAAGUGCCCUGUCCACACAUAUUCCAAUAUCACUGGAGCAACCAGCCAAGCAGCAUGCCAGCCUUGUCCUCCAGGAUAUUACUGCAAUGAGACAGGAUUAACCAGCUAUGAAAAUUAUCUCUGUCCACUGGGCUAUUGGUGCCCUGGGAAAGGAAGCCAUCACUUCUGUCCUGGUGGAACAAUCGGAAAUCAGACUGGUGCCUCCUUUUAUAAGCACUGUCAACCAUGUCCACCUGGUUACUACUGCCCAGAUCCGAGAAGAACUGGUCAACCAAAUAUCAAUGGAGUGCCGUGCCAAGCUGGAUAUGAGUGCCCUGAAGGUUCCAUCACUGAGAUUCCAUGCAGGCCAGCAUCAUACUGUGGUCCUAGAACAGGAAAUGCAACUGUCUGCCCUGGUGGUUACUUCUGCCCACUUGGUUCCUCCACAUACAACACCCCAAAGCAAUUGUGUGUGUUCCCGUACUUCUGUCCUGCAAAUAGUUCUUCAAUGCUGCCCUGUGAUGGAGGGUACAUGCCAAUCAAUGUGACAGGGCUGAGGGAUCGUCUGGAGAAAGCUUGUCUAAUUUGUGAGGCUGGAACCUAUCGAAGAGGUUCUGCCAAUGAGCUUCAUUGCAGCCCUUGCCCAGAGGGUUUCUACUGUCCAGUGGGCUCUGAAAGCUACUUGUUGAAUCCUUGCCCGGUUGGCUACUACUGCUCUGAAAUGACCAGAUUACCGAUCCCCUGUUCUCCUGGUACUUAUGGAAACAGCAGCCAUGCAAAGCACAACAGUGAAUGCUACCCAUGUCCUGAAAACACAUUUAACCAUCUGGAUGGACAGAGAGCUUGUUUUCCCUGUGGAAGCACCUCAUAUUCAAGUCUAGGUUCUAUAACGUGUAAGUGCCAAGGUUUCAAUCGUGCUUUCCAAGAAUCCGAUGGAUCAUGUAUCUGUAAGACUGGGCACGUUUAUUAUGAUGAGACAGAUCAGAAAAGCUCAAAUAGUAACAGUGACAUGGACUGUUACCCAGAGGUGUAUGAUCGCUGCAGUGUUGGUGAGGUUCGACUGGCCUCUACAAGAAGAUGUGUUCUCCCAGAGCGUCACAACUGCACUCCAGCAUGUGGGGAAUAUGGAGGCAGGCUGGAUGUGGAACUGGGAAUGUGCCAUUGCAAUAAAUAUAUCUCUGCUGAAGAGCUCUGUGACGGAGUUUGUAUGGCUGGAAUUCUGAACGUGUCAGCACAUGCCAGUCAUACUGGAGAGCUUGUGUUAACUGUUAAGAAUGGAGCGACCAGAGACCAUAAAAAUUGGGUUGUUCCUCAUGUGCUGGGUCCAGAUGGACACAUUACAGAUAGUCUAAGAGUUCUGUUUAUCCUUUUCAAACCAAAUGGAAUUUUUGGUUUGAUUUUAUCUGGAAAGUAUGUGGUUGACAAGUUCCUGACAGAGUCUGAAUGGCCUGAUAUGUUUCAAAACCCACAUUUCAAAACAAAAAGAAGCUAUUUGCAAAGGCCUGUUAGUGCUGCUAUGAAUGGAGUGAUUCCUAAAAUUCCAAACCCCAUUGUCUGUCUGAGGCCAAACGAUUUAAUCCUCUUCAAACUCAGUGUUCAUCAAAGCAAUCGCAGUUUAAGUCACUACCCCGUCUAUCAGAAAGACCAUCUUUUCAACACAAAUUCAGACUGGGACUUUGGGCCCUUCAGGAAGUUGGAUCAUUUCAUUAAGGAAACCAAUUUCAACUUUUCCAGAUUUGCUCAUGUUUUCAUGGAACCUGGGAAAUAUGUAUUUUAUGAUAACGCUGAACCUGAACGAGCCUUAAUAGUGAGUGUCAAUAAAUUUGGAGAGUGUGACAAUGUACCUUCACUGGUUCAACCAUCCUCUCCAAUCCACCUGGUACAACGUGGAAUUCUAAAACAACAAGAUCUCAAUCUGGCACCUGAUUGGGCUCUGAUCAUAGGUACACUGUGUUUCCUUGCUCUGAUUACUGUACUGUUUACAAUGUCUGCUAUGGUGAUGACACCUAUUCAGUCAGUAUUAAAUCCCAUGCAAAAGUGGAAGCCAAAAUGGCGCAGUUUGGGGGAACCUUAUAUGCCACCUGAGUAUAUCAUACUAAAGGACAGUUUGGGUUUAUAUGAAACUCUUAGACCUCGAAUUGCUGGAGAAGGAGCAGAAGCAGAAGAGGAGUCGACCCUAAUAGUAGGUAAAAGUCUAGCCGAGACCGAACUGGAGGAUUUUAGUGUUCGUACUUUAUAUGAUAAACUGGAGGAUCAGAAUCUUCACCUUGCUGCUCAACUAAAUAAACACAAGAGUGAUGUUCAGGCAUUUUAUCGACACAUCAGCCAACAAACCCAGGAGUUAAAGAAAAUACUGGAGUGUUUUAAUUCUUGCAAGUGCCAAAACAAGGAAGGAAAAUGGACCUUAGUAGAGGACCUGGAAACCAUGAGCAGAGCACAAGCUGAAGCUCCAAGUACAAUGACAAGAGAUCGAUUUGGCAACUGUACCACCAUUAACUUCUGGGAGAGAAGCCCAGUAACACAGAGAAACCAGUCUAGCCAGCAUCUUGAGGAACUUUUCAAUAAGCUAAAUGUCUUGGUUCAUAAAAUCAAUUCUGGACACAUCACCAUCUCCAAAGAAAUGAUUGCAAGAGCUCAAAGAUUGUAUAUGUUUUCAGAUGGAGUGACAGUAUCAGCUCAAACCAACACAGAACAGGAGGAAACAAAUCCUGUUGAACAAUUUGCCGUCGACAGUGCAGAAGUUUCAGGCAAUAUGGAGAAGCUGGGAACAAUCUUGCCUCCAGUGAAAGAAGACCUGUCAGUGCAUGAUUCAUUCACUGAUUCAAUCUUUCCCUAUGAUGAAGGUUUAACUGAGAUUCUUGUUUCCUCAUCACUUCUGAAAAAAUUAGAAGAACUUAAACAAGCACUCGUAAAAAACCACUGUGCCCUCAAAACAGAAAGCUGUGAUGUUAAUCCUUUGGAUCCCAUUCCAUGGAGCAAUCAAAACCUGAUUCCAGCUGACCUGGGCAGUCUGCCCCCACACCACUUUGUGAUCUAUAGAUUUGGGUGUUACAUUGCCCACCUGCUCUGCAGUAGCUGCAAUCAUUCUCCUCUUACCCUCCUACUGGCAGACAACAUUCCCACUGAAGUAAGGGCCCCCUGCCAGAAUAUUUUAUACAAGAAUAGUUUUUACUAUGACGCCAACAACAGGAUAUUGUAUAUCAAGACAACCUGGCUCAACAAUGCAGGAGAGUUUAUAGUCAGCAUUCUUCACACAAUGGCACAUAUUAAAGCUGGAACCCAAAUAAAUGAUAGUCAUCACAUCUUCACUGAGGAGUUUGAGCGUGCUGUUGCCGCUGUAGGCACCACUCUGUUCUUAAUGUGCUGUGACACCACUGAUAAUGGGACAGACGACAGCAAAGAUACAAAAAUAUUGGAUUCCGAAAACCGAAACAAAGAUAAACAACUAACUUACGUUCAGUCAAUUUUUGAGGAUCUUAUCCACAUCAAAGUACCACCUGAAACAAAAUUUACUGAAGAAAUCCUAAAGGAAAGACUUAAGAAAUACACAUUCUUUACACUGCACAGCAUGGGACAACAAAUCCUGGAGCCUUCAGGAACUUCGAGGAAAUUCCCAAUACUGGAGGGAAAAACAGCAGCUGCAAUUCAUCCUGAAAUGGAUUCUGAAGAUAAAGACGAAGGUGUUGCAGAAUAUAACAUGCAGACCAGAAUUGCAGAACUGGAAGAAGAAAUAGAUGAAACAAAUGAAGCAUUUUCUCUUUACACAACCAAGAUUGCAGAGGAAAACCAACAACUUGAACAUCUGGAGCAGGAGCUAAGAAUCCAGGCAAACUUGGCACAGGAGCCUGGGGAAGAGUGUAAGUCACUUUUGGAAGAUUUCCGCAAUCUGUUGAAAAAUCUCUCGCAGGCAAGGGAUGUGCUGUCAAUGCUGGACUUACAGAGACGUUGUGUAAUAAACAGAUUGACGGAACUGGAAUCUGAAUUAGCAGGUUUUUACACAGCACUGGAAGACAGACCAACCAGAAUCUCAACCUGAGAACAGAAGCACAGCCAGAAAGUAAAGUGUUAUGUCAAGGCAGAUUAAACUAACGAAUAUGUAAUGUAACAUCAAAAUAAUUUAAUUUUGUAUUUCAGUAUGAGAAAGCAAAGAAAUCACACCUGCCUUUCCAAUUAUUCACAGACACUGUCUGGAGUCUAAUGCUCAAUCAUCUAUCAUGGUUAGAGUCUGACCCUGCUGAUAAAUAAUAAAAUGCUAAUGUUCUGGAUAAAUUGUAGUAUUUAGGAAGUAUGUAACAUCCAUUCUGCAUCGAGUUCCUCUAGGUUAACCGAUUUCUCCAAUUUUUACUUGCACCAACUUUGGGCUACAAUAGAAACUGCACGUUAAGGGACAUAAUUGAAUGAGAGAUAAUCUACAUUAGAUGAAUUUGCUGGUUGAACGUCUUAAGUCAACCUAACUUAAAAUGAUUGUCUACUUGACCAUAUCAGAGCAUGGUCAGAACUAAUUCUGUCCUCUGAACAAGGAAGUCACAUUUGGAAGGAGCCCUGUUCCUCUGACAUACAAAGAUAUGAAGAGGAGCAGAAGUGGGCCAUUUGGUCCUUUAAGACAGCUCCACCAUUCAUUAAGAUCAUGACUGAAGUGUUUGUAUUUCGAAUUCCACAUUCCCGUCAAUCUCCAUAGUCCCCUUGCCUGACAAGAAUUUAUCUUUUUCUACCUUAAAGAUAUUCAGUGAUCCUUUCCCAUCAACUUCUGAGAACAAGAGAUUCAAAUUCACAUGACCCUCUGAAAGAAAAAAAACUCUCCUCAUCUCUGCCCUAAAUUGGAAACCUCUAAUUUCUAAACUGUGCUCCUAAUUCUGGACUCAUGCACAAAAGGAAACAUCCUUUUUGCAUCUACCUUGUCAAACCCAUCCAGGUUUCCAUACACUUCAAUUAAGUGGCACUCAUUCUUAUAAAUCACAGUGGAACAAGUCUAGCUGGUCCAGUCUUUCCUUGUAAGAUAACCCAUUUGUUCCAGUAAUCAGUCUAGCAAACCACCUCUAAUGUAUUUACACCCAUCCUUAAAUAAGGAGAACAAAACUGCACACAGUAUUCAAGACGUGUCCUAUUUUCUCUGUUCAUUUGCUCUUAUAGGAAAAGGUGAGCAUUUCAUUAACCUUCUUGAUUACGUGCUGUACCUUCACACACUGAUAUUUGAUGUGAUUCAUGCACCAGAACACCUAAAUCUCUCUGCAACUCAGAAUUCUGCAGUUGUUCUCCUGUUAAGUAAUUCUUUGCUUUUUAUUCUUCCUGCAAAAGUGAACAACUUUGCAUUUUCCCACUUUAAACUCCAUGUGCUACAUUUUGACCAUUUCCUGUAGGCCUGCAUUCUCCUUAUGUCCUCUUCACAACAUUCUUUCCUAUUAAUCUUUGUGUCACCUGCACACUUAGCUAUUAUGCCUCCAUUCCCCUCAUCUAAGUCAUCGAUGUAAAUUGUAAAAAGCUGAGGCCCCAACAUUGACCCUGCAGAAUUCCACUCAUCGUAUCCUACCAAUCAGAAAAAGACCCAUUUAUGCAUUCUCACAGUUUCCUGCCAGCCAAUCCUCUAUGCACAUUAAUAUGUUAUUGUUGACAUCAUGAGCUCCUACUUUAAUUGAUGCUCUUUUAUGUGGCACCUAUCAAAUGUCUUCUGGAAAUCCAACUGCAGUAUAUGUAUAGGCUUCUCUUUAUCCACAGUGCAUGUUAUUCCUUCGAAGAACUCCAGUGAAUUGGUUAAAUGUGAUUUCUCCUUGAGAAAAGUAUGCUGAUUCUUCCAAAAUACUUUAAGUUCCCAGCUAUGACAUCCUCAAAAAUCAAUUCUGGUAUCUUCCUCAUAACAGGUGCCAAGUUAACUGGCUUAUAGCUCCCUGUCUUUUUUCUUUCCUUCCUUCUCAAACAGAGAAGUUAUAUUUGCUACUUUGCAGUUGUGAUGGAAUCUUUCCAAAGUCUAGUGAAUUUUGGAAAAUUAACACUAACAUAUCUACAUCAUCAGCCAUCUCAUUUAAAACCCCAGGAUUAAGUCCAUCAGGACCUAAUGAAUUAGGCGAAAGUAAGGACUGCAGAUGCUGGAGAUCAGAGUCAAGAUUAGGGCGGUGCUGGAAAAGCACAGCAGGUCAGGCAGCAUCCAAGGAGCAGGAAAAUAGAAGUUUCGGGCAGGAGCCCUUCAUCAGGAAACUAAUGAAGGACCUAAUGACUUGUCUGCUGACUGCUUUGCUCAGUACUAUUUCCCGAAUGAUUGUAAUUUCACCCAAAUCUCUCUCCCUUCCAACUCCAAACUUGCAGCUAUUACUGGAAUGAUUUUCAUAUCCUCUACAGUGAAGCAGAAGCAACAUGUUUGUUUCAUCUGCCAUUUCCUUACGAUAGUCUAUUAAUUACCCCUUUUCACUCCCGAGAAGACCAACACUCAUUUGCUUACUCUACUUUUCUUUCAAAAAUACCUACAAUUUUUAAAUUCUAGAUGCCAUUCAUACUUUUGGUAAUUUAAUGUAUUAAUAUUUAUAUGCCCCAAUGGUUGUUCAAUAACCAGUCGAACUGUCUCACUCAAAGAUGCUUUUUUUAAAAUUUAAUUCAAAUUUUCACCAGUACCACUAAGGAGUGUUUUGUUUGCAUCUUCAUUUUAAUUCCUUACAACUAAAGCAAAAGGAGUUAAAGUGUAUUCUGUACAGUAAAAUGAGGUGAAGUCCUCAGCCAUUUCAUUUAAGAGAAACCUAACUGAACUUUCUAAAGCUUCCUACUGAAAUGUGACUUGUGUUUAUGUAUCGCACUGUCCAUCACUUCUGACCAUUAUCAUCAGGAAAAUGAAAGAUUUCCGCUUUCUAAAUAAUUAAGCUUAGAAUUUUGUUUUCUUCAAUAUUUCAAAGCGUCAUUUAUGAUUCAGAUUUCAGUGCAGUACAUUGUUCUAGUUAUCUUGGAACACACUUUCCCUAUUAUACUGUUAUUUGUUUAUUUUAGGGAAAGUAUUGCCUGUACUUCUUCAUGACAUUAAUUCCUUGAACAACUUGACUAAUUGUCAAACUACAGCCGAUAAGGUAGCCACAUAAUUAGCCCAUGUAAGUCUUUAAUAAAAGCAAAAUACUAUAGAUGCUGGAAACCCGAAAUUAAUCCAGUGAAUAAUGGAUAAACUCAACAGGUCUGGCAGCAUUUGUGGCGAGAUAAACCAAAUUAACGUUUUGAGUCUGGCAUAACUGUUUUUCAGCCUGACCUGAUGAGUUUCUUGAGCAUUCUCUGUGUUUGUUUCCUCUAAGCCAAGACCUGUGUUACUCUAAAGUAAAAACUAGAAGAUGCACAAAAACAGAAUAAUAUCAAGUUUUUUUCUUUCUGUCUCUGAUUUGCUCCCUCUUGAAGCUUCAGGAUUUUGUUAGGAAUUAAAAUUAGACUCUCAAGCAUGGGUGCUUUAAUCCUGUAUCUCACAACUAUCUUCAUUCUUAUAUUUUUCAAAGGUUUUCCUUCACCUUUCUCUGCAUAGCAUCCUUGAUUCUACCCUUCAAGUUUGUCCAUUAAAGCAUUUGCUCCAUAAGCUUUGGUGGAUCCUCCAACCACUGUGUCUCUAUUCUCUAAAAUCUCUGCACAAGUCCCUCAAUCUCUCCAUACAUUUCAAAAGUCUUGCCAAAUCAAUGUUCUACUUCAUUCAUUCCCUCCGUUGCAUCGUCCGACUACCUCCUCCCAAUUCUUCAGUAUCUGCUAAUGCCCUAUACCUUCAGGUUUAGGAACUUAGCGCACUUCCUGACUGCAUCAGGGAGAAAUGAAUUUAAAAUAAUGCAAACUUGCAGAAUAUUGAUCUUGUUUUUUAAUAACAUAACAAACUUUCCCUCAGCUUUAACAGCUGACUGCAUUGUAGUAAUAAGGCAAUUUAGAAAUGCUUGUUUUUUUCUUCUAAUCUGAAACUUUGAGAAUGUUGAUGUUUUGAAUUCGAUGUGGACAAUAACUUAGUAAUUGUAGUUGCCAUGGAGAUGUGUUUGUAUCAAGUAUUAACUUUCUAAUUCAUUGGCUGGAAUCGGAUCUUUGACUUCUUUAUAAAAGACACUUUUACUAAAGUCAAUGAAUUGAUUUACAUCAUGAUGACCGCACCUAAUUACCUCACUACACACUUCAUCUGAAAAACAUUUUCUUCCUUCACAAAAAAUGUUUUACUGGAGAUGUGCGAGCAUGUUUCAUCCUGUUUUAUCAAAAGAUAUCCUUGGACAUCCGUAAAAUAUCGAAACAUUUGGAAACAGGAUGUUAAUAUUUAAUCUGGAGAGGGUGCAGAGAAGAUUUAUCAGGAUGUUACCUGGACUGAUAUGAAGGAAAGCCCUGAGGAAGUUUCGCUCUUCCCUCUGCCAGUGCACUAUCAACACCUUUUCUCCCUCAGCACUCUACCCCACCUCACUAUCAAAUAGAUGCUGUCCCCUCCACACUAGAAAGGUUA